AUCUGCCCUCACGGUGAGAGGGUUGCCAAGUUUGACGGUUUAAUUGCAGCAGUUUGAUCAAGCGAUAUAACAAAUUAUCCGUAUUUUCAUUUGGUUUGUUCCGUCUAUUUUCCUAUCUUGAUUAACUACAACAGAGGGACAUAAUGCAGGAAUCGCCCGUUUCAGCUUCCGCGAUAUCCUUAACCAAGACUAUCAGCUGGAUCUGGCAACCAUGCAUCGGGCUGUAGCGAGUGUCAGGUGUCUUGGAGUUUCGUCAAAACUUCACGGAAGUGUGUACAGGAACUUUUUUUGGACACAGAAAUGGUCAGAGGCUGCUGUACCAUACUGAGGAAAUAUCAGUGAUCAGUCCAUCGAGAGCACACUGUGAACAUCAAUAGUGGGAUUCAUUCCCAGACCUUUGGACGUUCCACUCUACUAAACACAGAAAAGGUAGCUGCGAAGAUGGAAGGGACUACUCCGUUCAGUCGAAAGUCGUGGGUGACGCAGUCAGUGCGUGUCACCGCAAAGGAGUUGUCCCUGGUCGGUGGGCCAGGAAGAAGUAACGCCAUUGCUGAGCGCUUCUCCAAGUAUCAGAAAGCUGCAGAGGAGAUAAAUACAAAUAAAAGGAAAGGAGGAUUUGACGGCGCAUCGUCCUCCCAGCGCACCAGCAACCUUAGUGCGUUGAAGAAGCGCUGGGAGCAAGCAGGGAACGGCGGCCGGCAGGACAAGACUCCAUUCAUCUCGGCGCCCAUAAACAAUCAAAGCACAUUUCCUGUCGUGGCUAGAGCGUCUUCCGUCAGCGAGCCACCCCGUUCAAAGAGCCCAGUGGUCUGGCGGCCUCCUCGAGAAGAUCCGCCUAGCAUCCCUGUCAGCGAUCCAGUCUUCACGCCCCCAGCGUCUCCACGAGCGGAAGAUCGGAGUGGGAUGGACAAAGAUGCGCCGAUGUACAGCGAAGCACUCGAAGAGCCUGACGAACAAGUUCCGACCAGCCCCCGUGAACAGCAAAAAGUGCCACUCAACAAUCUGAAGAUGAAGUUUGAGAAGACAGACACCUCACUCAAGGAUUACAGGUCGACAAGACAAAGUGCCUCGUCGGAAGACAUGGAGCAAACAUCUGUGUGUGACCGCGUGCUGGAGAAGAUGUCACUGAGGGAGAAGCUGGCAAAAUACUCUGCUGCUGUGUCCAAACAAAGCAACGCCAAAUCUGCUGUGACCCCAGAAGUGCUUCCCUCCAAAAUAUCUCUAUCUGCAAUUCAUAAAGUGAUACCUGAAACCGAGUGCAAUGGUGAUGGCAGCAGUGAGAUCUCAAAACCAUCCAGGAAGUUCUGCCCUCCAGCCAAGGAAACAUGCUUUGCUUGUCAGAAGACGGUGUAUCCUCUGGAGAGAUUGGCGGCUCUUCAGCACAUCUACCACAAAAGUUGCUUCCGCUGUGUCCAUUGUAGCACAAAGCUCAGCCUAGGCAACUUUGCCUCCCUGCACGGCAACGUGUACUGCAAGCCACAUUUCAGUCAACUGUUUAAAGCCAAGGGCAAUUACGACGAGGGUUUCGGCCACCGGCCUCACAAGGAGCUGUGGGCGCCUCGCAAGGACGGAGAAGAGGGCGAAGAGGAGGUGGCAAAGUCCCCAGAGCAACUACUGGAAGCGGCAAGGAGGAGAACCGAGUCAAUCGAGAGCAUGUCGGACAAGCAACUGACCCCGACUUCUGAGGAAUCAUCACCGGCAGUCAAAGUCACCGACCUCGCCGCCCAUCUGGAAACUCGGUUGCAUACGGCCGGCAGCUCUGCGGAGAAGCCGGCCGAGACACGCAGGUUGAGGAUCGCCUGGCCGCCCCCCGCCGGCGAGUCCGCCCUCGGCGCAGGCUUGCGCAGCCCGGCCUUCGAGGGGAGCACCGCGGGACGAGCCUGGAGGGCCAAGUGGCCCCCAGAGGACGAUUCUCUGUCCUCGGCUUCGUCAUCUCACAGUGUCGAGCGUGCGGAAUUGACGAGCUUGAGGAGGAGCUCUUCCCUAAGGGAGCGCUGUCGGCCCUUCACGGCUGCCCAGCCGAGCCUGGAAGCCACCGCCAUUCCCAGGGAGCCUCGUCGGCCUCUCAAGGCGCUACAGCAAUGGAGAGAGUCCCUGGAGGAAAAAAGCUCAUCUCAAGAAAGAAAGGCAGACGAGAAAGUGGAGGAGCUACAGAGGAAGAGAGAGAAGAGUGAAAAGCAAAUCGCUAGGGAAGUAGUCAGUCAAAGCAGCCUGGAUGAUGUCACGGAGACCGACCAUCAAUACGGUGAACCUGCACAGGAAGGAAGCCCACUGGCUAAUAACCGCUCCCGGAGCAUCUCUCCUGACACCUCGGCGUCCCCAUCACCGCCCGCGCAGCCCAAACAGAAUCGCACCUUACAGGACGUCGGCUUCUGGGACGAGGAGAAAGUCGAGAGCGACGCAGAGGAUAAAGUCGAGAGCGACGCAGAGGAUGAAGUCGAGAGCGACGCAGAGGAUAAAGUCGAGAGCGACGCAGAGGAGCUGACGGCGGAAGACAUCAUCAAAAAGAACCGUUACUACGACGACGAUGAAAACUGAGCAUCUCAACAUUAACCUAAUUUGUCUUCAGCAUCGUGCAACAGCUGCCUCUUAUUUCUGAAGGCUUUCAUUUUGGUUUUACUUUUGUCAAUUGUUUGUCAGUUGGUUAAGAGAACUCCUGAAUAUACUUUGAGAGGAGUCAGAUAUCACAUUUUCUUUUCCUAUUAUACUAAAGGCAAUAAUUAAAUGACUGGACACAAAACCUCUCAGAUAACAAAGACAAAAAACAAAUGGGCAGCUGCUCUGACAAGCCUUUAUUUUUGCCGAACACCUUAAUAGAAACUGGAAUUGCCAUAUUAGCCUUAUUGAGAUCCAAAGAGAGUUAAUGUCACAUUGGUGUAAAUGUUAUUUUUAGCCUUUGAGAAUGAAUCUCACAAAUUGUUCUUACUACCAGACAUUGAGAAAGUGCUCCUGAUUAAUAUAUUUUCAGAUUUUUUUUCCCCCUUCAUAAUUGAUUGUGUGAGGUAAACAAUAUUUAGAUAGAUUUGGCUUUAUUAUUUUAAUUUUGUAUAACAGAUUCCACUUCAGUAGUAUUGUUUUAUGUUCAAGAAUAAUAAAAUAUUAAAAGGCAA